AGUCAUACACGUGGUAUACGGUCCGAUAUACCAUGGCUUUUUAGCCAAUCAGUAUUCAGGGCUCACACCGCCUAGUUUAUAAUGUAGAAUUUAUCAUUUUCAUAGUCAUGGAACACUUUGUUUAAGAGCUAUUGAAGAUUGAACUCGUAUUAUAAAAAAAUUCAAAAGUGUGGAUUUUUCUCCAUCCACCCAUGAUUUAGAUAAAACUAUCUUCAUAGUCAUGGCAUGCUUGGCUCAAUAGCUAUUGAGGAGAGAAUCAAAUAUCCAACACAAAACACAUUUUACCAAGUGCAAAAUAUGUGUAUGUCCAUUACUUGCAAUCCACUCCAUAGUCAAUUUACAGUCAGGCAGCCGGUGUGCUAACUGAAAUAACACAUCUCAUUUGACAAGUGCUGGCAAGAUGAGAUGCAUUGAACAUGAAUGAGUCAUCAUUGCACAGUUCAGUGUUUGUUUUACUUUAUUGCUCUGCUUCUAGUCCCAAAUGUGAGCAUGCAUCCAGUUGGUCCACUCUGUGUGCCAGGUCUCUAUGGCAAUGAGGGGGUCCUGCCUGUGCGCCUGGUGGAGCCCCGUGUGGACGGCUCCAGGCCAGUGUUGGAGCAGAUACAUGCCCACCCCUCCCUGCUGUGGCUGGGGCCCUGGCUGGGUCUGGACCUGGACGCCCAGCAGGCAAUGGAGCUGCUCUGCCUGGUGGGGGCUCUCUUAGCCCUGGGAGCAGCCCUACUGGAGCCCCUCCGAGACAGCCUGGUGUUCUUCUGCCUCUGGGCCCUCUACUUCUCCCUCUGUCAGGUGGGUCAAGACUUUCUGCGUUUUCAGUGGGACAGCCUGCUGUUAGAGGCGGGCUUCCUGACCGUGCUCAUCGCGCCGCUCAACCUCCUGCGGUGCUCGACGUUCCGCCAGCAUGACGGCGUGACCUUCUGGCUGGCGCGCUGGCUCCUGUUCCGUCUCACCUUUGGCUCCGGGGUCGCCAAGCUGGCCAGCCACUGCCCCAGCUGGUGGGGGCUCACUGCGGUGAACCACAUGUUUGAGGCCCAGGGCAUCCCCCUGCCAUUGUCCUGGUUCAUCCAGCAGCUGCCAGACUGGUACCUGAAGCUGGGGACUGUCGGUCUGUUGGUGACAGAGAUCGCUGUGCCCCCCCUCUACUUCGCCCCCAUCCGCCACCUCAGACUGGCAGCCUUCUACAUUCAGGCAACAUACCAGGUGAAGUUGAUGCUCUUGGGGAACUAUGGCUUCCUCCCCUUCCUCUCCCUGGCUCUGACUUUCUCCCUGUUGGACGACGACCAUAUCAGCUACUGGCUGGGCCACAGCAAGAAGAAGAGAACCAAGACCUGGCCCCAAACCAUAAUGUCAUUGCUGGUUGUACUGGCUGUAUUUGCUGUCAUCAUCUAUGGAACUAAAGUGCUCUUCACACUGGAGAUCGACUGGGAGGCCAAUACUAUAACCUCCAAAACCGCCUUCACCCAGCAGCAGUUUGGCAAUUGGUUGAAGCUUGUGACAGGACCCACUAUCUGGGUAGGAGUUCUCUCUCUCACCUGGGAGGUGGUGGCAGCCAUGCUUGGGUGUGUGUGUGUUAGAGGGUGCCUCUGGAAGCUCUGGGGCCUCGUCCAAUGGGCUGUCUUUGCCUCAGCUGCAGUCGCCGUGUUUGCUAUCAGUGUGGUGCCCUACUCGUCCAUGGAACAGGUGUACAGCAGUAAGAUCCUACCGGAGGUGAGACAAGCCUACAAGCUAGUGGAGCGCUACAGACUGGUCAGUGCCUACAGCCUGGACAGCAGGAUGACAGGGGUGGACGGGAGGUCAGAGGUCAUCCUAGAGGGCAGCAUGGACAAGAACACCUGGACGGAGAUAGAGUUCAUGUACAAGCCGGGGAACGUGGGCGUGGCCCCUCCAGUGGUGGCCCCCCACCAGCCACGGUUAGACUGGCAGAUGAGCCAGGCAGCCCAGGGACUGGCCAAACAGAGCCCCUGGUUCACAAGCCUAGUGCACUGCCUACUGCAGGGCAAUAAGGAUGUGGUGAGACUGAUCCAGACAGACUCAGCCCAAUACCCAUUCAGCCAGGCCCCCCCGGUCUACCUCCGAGCCAGCCUCUACCGGUACUGGUUCACCCAGACCACACAGGACGGGUCUGAUCCUAAUGAGUGGUGGAGGAGAGACUAUGCAGAGGAGUUCUAUCCUGCAGUGCAGCUGGGUGGCCCUACUCUGGAGGCCAGGCUCAGCCAGCACGGACUCAAGGAGAAGUUCCCGAUCCAGCCCAGUCCUGACUCUCCUCUGGCCCAGGUUCUGAGGCAGGUGCGGGGCCACGUUCAAACUCUACCCGGCCACCUGGUGCUCUGGUCCCUCCUGGCCACUGUCGCCACCAUCUGGCUCCUCAGAACCCUGCUCUCUGGGGUCCUGGGGGGCCGAAAGGCUAAACCCACCCCAGCCGAACCCAAGGCCAAGAAGGCUAAGGACCAGCCAGCAGAGAAGAGUGCCUCGGCCUCCAGUCUCAAAGCAGAGAGGGAGAACUCUGAGGAGAGUAGACGGGAUGCUGACAAGAGCCCUAAGAAGAGGAAGUGAUGUGGGACUGCUGCCAUGGGACUUCCUGUUACGUUCUUGUUGUUGCCCCUUGUCUCGGAAUGGCGGAGAGAAGGGGUGUUACCUACAUGUAAAUCUCAGGUGUUUCUACAGUAACUGCCAAUCCGACCAGCUCUGUGACUCGGAGACCACCACUGUGGCCUUGUAUUCAGUCAGUUCUCAUCUGUCUCACACACACACACACACACACACACACACACACACACACGCAUAUACUGUACAUACACAAGCAAAAACGUCUAUUUUCUCUGUGCCUCCUUCCGUCACCAUAUUCUCAGGUCCGCCUAUGGAUGAGUCUUCAGACAUGCCAACGGGUGAGUCCCUGACAUUACAGUACAGUGGUGCUUUGCCAUGUUCUUCAGGGAACACUUUAUCUGAAUUCUGGGAAUGCAUUCAUACAUUUUAACGGUUGUUGUCCACCAGUUGUUUAAUCUUUAAUAUGAUAUUCAGGGUCCACAGUCAUGCUAGGCUGAGUGCAGUUAUUGUACCUCAGUGAACCCUUUUCAUGGACCACUGAGAUCAGUUUUACUGUAUCAGACAGACUUUUGUCAUGUGAAGUUGUCAAGUGGUUCCAUGUAAUGAUAUCAAUACCUAGGUCCUCUAUCCUGACCAUGAGAAACUGUAUAGCUACAUCGUCAAGAAUACUGUAUUCUGAAAGCUUUGUCCUGCUAAACCCUUUGCCUUAGAAAUCUGUGGAUUGCUGUUCUAACUUCAAAAGCCUUUGUCGCAUUCUUUUUAACAGCUUAAAUGCAUAACUACUCCUAAGAAAUCUUUACAUUCCACAUCUGUGUAUAUUUGAGACGUAGUAUUACUUAAGCUUGGUGUAUUAGGUUAAAGCACUACUGCAAAAUUACUGGGCUCUAAGGAUAAAUUCCCAGCCCUAGGGCGCUCUUCAAUCUGUAUCGCUGAAUCAUUACAGAUUGCACGAUAAAAAUGGAAAUGUACUUUUUACUGGUCAGUGUUUUUAUUCUUGGCUGUAUGUUGAAACUGAACACUUAGAUUUGACAAAUAAACUACAGAUGAAAAAGACUGAAACAUUC